UCAAUUGAUUCCGUUGGAAUAACCGGAAUGAUUCUUGUUAUAGAGUAUAAAGAAAGAAGCUAAGCGAUCAGUCGGAAGUGGUAUAACUCAGUGGUAGAGCAUUCGACUGCAGAUCUAGUGGUCCACGGUUCGAACCCGGGUGCCCACCUACAGAGAAAUGAAAAAUGUGGCUGCGAAAUACAGAAAUGAAAUGAAUUAAUUUUAUAUUUCUGUGUGGAUAAAACUUUAUUGAAAAGGAAACAAGACGAAUAUAUUGCUUCUUUUAGUGAAAAGAAAAACUUACCAGAAAGUUAUGUUGUGUUUCACCUCAUUCUGGAGUGCACUGCUAGUGGUGGUGUGCAUGGUCCUCCUGACGCAAGAGUCCUGUUGCGAAAGUUACCAGCGAAUGGCCUCCUACCCUCUCAGCCAGUCCGAAGAGCAAUCGAGUUUCCGACGCAGCCACCUGAAAGAUGCGGCGGACAGUUUUCCAAAAAUAAGACUGGAUGUUUUCAGAUCCGAAUCUCAGGAAGACAGAAGCCAACAGGAAGACAACGAUUCAUCUGCUUUCAAUGAGGUCUCUUUAGUGGAUAUCCCUAUGAGCCAUAUGUCACUUGUGAAGAGAAGGAAUGGUCCAACUCUCUCCGUCACGAGUCCUCUGGAAGUUCUUCGCCAACGGCAAAUGCUCGAUCUGGCACAAAGGCGGAUUCACCAGAAUCAACAGCAGAUCAUUGCAAAUGCCCAGCUUUUGGAAUCCAUCGGGAAAAGGAGCUCGAUGCCCAUC